GCUGUCUUUGGUUGCUGUUGUUUUUCUGUUUUCCAGAACAGAGCUGCAGAAUUGCUAAUGGCCACUUGCCUUGUUUUCACUUUCAGUUCAUUUCUUUGGCUGAGAUGGACUUGAGCUAACCUCCAUUGCAUCUGAGGAUGGCCUCUGCUCCUGAGAUUCCCACGGAGGAGCAGGUUUCCCUGGGCAUCGAUGACCUCCAGAUUUCUCUGCAAGCCAAACAGGAAGACACUCAGAAGAAAACCUUCACGUGCUGGAUAAAUUCACAGUUGGCAAAGCACACUCCUCCCUCGGUUAUAUCAGACCUAUUCACAGACAUCAAAGAGGGCCACGUCCUCCUGGACCUGCUUGAAGUACUGUCGGGACAGCAGUUGCCUCGGGAUAAAGGAGCCAAUACAUUCCAGUGUAGAAUCAAUAUAGAGAAUGCCCUGACAUUCCUCAAAAACCGAUCUAUCAAGUUAAUAAAUAUUCAUGUUGCUGACAUUGUAGAAGGAAACCCGUCCAUUAUUCUUGGCUUAAUUUGGACAAUUAUACUGCACUUUCAUAUUGAGGAGCUAGCCCGGAGUCUUGCUUGCAACUAUAAUCAACCUACCCAAGAUAGAGUGAAUGUGGUCGAGUCCUCUCCUACCUCAAGUCCACCAGCGAAGAAAUGUUCCAAAGCCCAAGCAAGGUGGCAGCUGUCCGCAAAGAAGGCUCUUCUGUUGUGGGCUCAGGAGCAGUGCUCCACGUAUGAGUCUGUCAGUGUGACAGAUUUCAAGUCAAGCUGGAGAAAUGGGAUGGCAUUUUUGGCUGUCAUUCAUGCCUUGCGACCAGACCUAAUUGACAUGAAGAGUGUGAAGCACCGGUCCAACAGAGACAAUCUGAAAGAGGCCUUCAGAAUUGCAGAACAAGAACUCAACAUCCCCAAAUUACUGGAACCAGAAGAUGUGGAUGUUGUUAAUCCGGAUGAAAAGUCAAUCAUGACUUAUGUGGCGCAGUUCCUGAAGUAUUCAAAGGAUGCUCCUGGGACGGGUGACAUGGCUCAGGGCAAGAUGAAAGAUGUUAUGGUCUGGCUAACUCUGCAAGAGACGAAGCUACAGAAGGCACUGAAGGAUUCAGAAAAUGAGACCUACUUUACAAAGUACCAAAGUCUGCUGACUUUUAUGGAAUCAUUCAAUGAAGAGAAGAAAUCCUUCCAGGAUGUCCUGCCACUGGAAGGAAAUCCAAGCGAGCUGAACAAAGAUCAGUUGAAGAUGAGAGAAAGCUGGCUUGGCCUCAACCACCAGGUUACUGUGCUGUGCGGGUUUGAAGAUUUCCAAGGGGCAGCUUUGUCUUGGUGGCUAAGGAUAGGAUACAUGCUUCAUAAAAAAAUGAGACAUCUCUUCUAUCAUCAGAUGUCUAUAUCAAUAUUGAAAGAGGUGGCACCAAACCUGGAAAGCAUGUGUAAAGGUAAAUUUAUUGAAGAGAAAGAAUUCCUAGCUCAACUUGACACUUCUUUUCAAAAAUGUGAAGAAAUUUAUAAGAAUUUGGCUGGAGAAGAGGAGAAUGUUAAUGAGCCAUACAAGAUGCUGGAAGAUAAGAUUUGUACGUGCAGGAAAAACAUAGAUAAUGUGAAGACAACUCUGCAGCAAGUCCUGAUGUGGUGGGCCACUUACAUGGAAAACCUUCACUUAUUAAAGACUACUUUUGAGGGGAUAAAGAAGGAACAAAUCAAAGAGAUGGCUUUUGAGACGCUCUCCCAGUGGAAUGUACAAUACACUACUGUAAAUGAAGCUGGAAGUUUCCUAGUGGAAGUCAGCAAUGAAGAAGUUGGAUCAUCCAUUUCUAAAGAACUGAGAAGGCUGAAUAAAAGAUGGAGAAAGUUCAUCUCAAAAACUCCACUUGAAAUGAAGCAACCACUUCUGCAAAGACAGGAGCAGCCUAUUGCUGAUGAUUCUGGAAAUACUUCAUCUAAAGAAGAAAAACCACCUGGUCAUUUUUUAGCAGAUAUACCAGUUGAAGGUUCAGAAAAUCAUGACAUGACUGUAAAUGCUGUGGAAGAAAAUGAAGAAUGCACAGAACAAUUAAAAAUGGGGGAAGAGGUUGAAAAACUCGUUGGACAGGUGGAAAUCUGGGCGUCAGAAGCCAACUCCAUUUCGAAGCUUCUGAGACAGCAGGAUGGCAUGGACGGCUCCAAGGAAGGGUCCUUACGGCAUCUUAUUGCUAAAGGAUCUAUGUAUGAAGAACUUCUGGCUAGAACCAAAGAUACUUUACAAAUGGAUAUUCAGAAAAUUUCAAGUCAGGAGUCCCUCCAGUAUCUUCUCACAGCUGAGCUCCAGGCAAAGAUCCAAGAAGCUAAUGAGAAAAUCCAGAUCACUAUGGUGGAACUUGAGGCACUGUUGACAAACUCAGCUAAUGUGUCACCAGAACUGGAUGUCAGCCUGCAAAUGGAGGAGAUGCAGAAGGAAAUGGAGUCAUGCAUUUUCAGAGCUGAGCAAUUACUUGGGCAAAGAGGGAGGCCUGGUGGGCUCGUUGCAAAAUACAAGGAAGCACUGCAAAUCUUUAAUACAAACAGUCUGGCCAAAUACUUGAAAGCUAUUGAAGCACUCAAACCCAGUGCCCCUGAGGAUGUAAAGAUGUCCCUGGAGGAGAAGAGUAGAGACGCCUGUGCCAAGUGGCAGUCUCUUCAUCAUGAGAUUUCUUUGUAUAUUCAGCAACUAAGAAUAGAUAUUGAAAAAGGAAAGCUUAAUGACAACAUUGCAAAACUUGAAAAGCAAAUAAAUAAAGAAAAGAAACUUAUUCGUAGACGGAGGGUCAAGGGUCUCAUCCAGCAACAUGAGGCCUACUUUUCUGAGGAGAGUCUCCAGAGCCAGCUCCAUCACCACAUGGCUAUGCUGAGGGCCUUGUACGAGGAGCUUACUCCACAGCAGAAACAAUCAGAGGUGGAGACAGCACUCGAAGCUUAUGAACAGAAAAUAGACCGGCUUCUGCUCUGUGCUUCUGAGAUCCACAAGACGUUGCAGUCCUUAUCUGGUAGCACACUGGAAAGGCCGGGGACCGUGACCCCAACGGACAGUAUCACUAGUGAGGCGCCAUUUGAAGAAGAGCAGCAGCCGUCAACUGAAAAGGAAAUGGAAGCCAUUCAGAAUUUCAGCCUGGCAUCAGAGAUACAGCUUCAACAAGAAGCCAGCUCCAUGGAGCAGCAUGACAAAGAUCACGAUGUCUCUAUGGGUAACUUACAAGACAGGUAUGAUACACAAAAGGAAAACCUUGAAGUGCAUCUGCAAAAUGCCGAACUCAGGAUUUCUUCUGAGCUUCCCGCUGAAGAGAGAGGGAGCGGUGGCUGUCUUCAGAGGAAACUGAGUGAGCUGCAGGUCUUGAAAAUGGAAAUGGAUGCUCAGUGGAAAGAGUUUGAAGUCACUUCUCUGAAGUUAGAAAGUGAAGUGAGUGAUGAAGAGAAGGCUGACAUAGUUAAGGCCAGAGACAGAUUAAAGGAAAAAGCAAACGCACUUCAGACGCCUCUUCAUACCAGAAUUGAGUCUUUAGAGAUGGCGCUGCAGUUUGUACUCCCAUUAGAAGAGACAUUCAAGCUGUGCAACUUGGAGCUGGCUGGGUUUGCAGUGACUGUAAAUGAGUUUCUUCUUACUGAUGCUGACGGCCUCUAUCAAUCCAUGAAGGAUAUCCAAGAUUCUAUUGCUUCACGCAUCAAAAUGUUUACCAAAUUAGAAGAGCCAGACAACUUAUUUUUAAAGCUGUUACACCCACUGGAUCUGCAUGAAAUACAGGAUAUUAUUCUGCAAUGUAAAACACAACUGGAGACAGUGACCCAUAAAGUCCAGAUCCAACAAGAUGCCCUGAAAGCUCUGGAAGACUUUUUAUCUUCUCUAAGAACACUGGAGCUCUCUGUUGAACCUGUUACAGAUCUUUCUGCCUCAGAGAUAGAAGCAGUCCCCCAGAAGACUUGGACAGUACAAGAUAUACAGAGUGAAAUUCAUCCCAUGAAAGAGGAAGCCAGGCUUUUGGACGACCGCUUGAAGAUGCUUCAUAUAAAUAUGACAGAGGCUGAUGGAGGCGAACAUAUCUCAUGUGAGAAACUUCUUGAUGUGCUGUCUGUGAAGUUAUUAGAGGCACAUGGCCACAGUGAACAGGAGGAACUUCCUGAGGAGAACAAAUUGUUAGCAGCUUGUGCUUCCAGAAAUGAUGAGCUCUUUAAGAAUAUUCAAGAUGUGCAGAGUCAGAUUGGUAAAAUUGGCCUAAAGGAUGCUACUGUUCCUGCUGUCAAGCUUCGGAAAAAGUCAUUACUCAGGCUGGACGAGGAGCUAGAGGGCUAUGAGGAAGAGAAGAAAAUGCUACAAGAAAUGGCUAACUCUCUCCCACAAUUCCAAGAUGGCCGAGAGAAAUCUCUGAAUCAGAAGUGCCACAGUACAGUGCUGCUGUGGGAGAGCACCAAAGCUUCUGUCACAGAAUGUCUUGAACAAUGUGAGAGAGUAUUGGAACUCUUAAAACAGUAUCAGAACUACAAAAGUGUUUUGACAACUUUGAUUCAGAAAGAAGAGAAUGUCUUCUCCCUGCAGCCUUCUUACAUGGGAAAGGACAACCUGAAGAAAAGGAUAGCAGAGAUUGAAACUGUCAAACAAGAAUUCAAUGAGCAUUUAGAAGUGAUAGACAAGAUAAACCAGAUCUGCAAAAACCUUCAAUUUCAUCUAAACAAAAUGAAAGCCUUUGAAGAGCCUCCUUUUGAAAAAGAGGCUAAUGUCCUUGUGGAUAGAUGGCUUGAUAUGAAUGAGAAGACAGAAGAGCACUAUGAGAAGCUUGGCCGAGCUCUGGCUUUGUGGGACAAACUUUUUAAUUUGAAAAACAUCAUCGAUGAGUGGACUGAAGAGGCUUGUCAGCAAAUGGGAUCGAAUCAGCUGACUGAAGAGGAAGGAGAAAGAUUGAAGGAUGUGUUACAAGCCCAUGAAGAAAAAACUUUGGAAUUUUCUAGAAGAGUGACUGAAAUACAGUUCCUGCUUCAGAGUAGUGAAAAACCACUUGAAUUGCAGGUCAUGGAGUCCUUUGUUUUGAGCAAGAUGGGCCGCAUGAGAAAGUAUCUCACAGGGGAAUCCAAUGGCUCCGAGCUUGAUGGCAGCACAGCAGAGCUCAGGGAGGACCUGGACCAAGCCAAGACCCAGAUUGGAAUGACUGAGUCCCUCUUGAAAGCACUAUCGCCCACCGACAGCCUGGAGAUCUUCACGAAACUCGAGGAGAUACAGCAGCAGAUUCUCCAGCAGAAGCACAGCAUGACCGUCCUGGAGAAUCACAUAGGUUGUCGCACCCCGGAACUCUCUGACUUGAAAAGGCAAUAUGAAAGUGUCAGCGAUUUGUUCAGUGCCAAGAAACGUGUUUUGCAAGAUCACUUCUGUGCAUUAUUGAACGAUCAAUGUAAGAACUUUAAUGACUGGUUCAGCAGCAUUAAAAUGAGCCUUAAGGACUGUUUUGAGCCCUCAGCAACCAAAACGAGUGUGGAGCAAAAGCUACAAAAACUUUCUGAUUUCUUGGCUCUUGAGGGGCGGAGUGAUAAAAUGCAGCAGGUAGAUACCGUAUUGGAGCACGUACAGAAACAUCUUCCCAAAGCACAUGUUAAGGAGCUUCACAGUUGGCUCCUGACUCAGGAACUAGAAUUAGAGAAAAUGGAGUCUAUCUGCCAGGCCUGUGCAAAGGAACUUGGUCACCACCUGCAGCAGCUGCUGAGAUUGCAGGAUGAUUAUAGAAACCUAAGUAAGUGGUUGACUAAUCAAGAAGAGAAAUGGAAAGAAAUGGGUGAAUCGGGAGAGAAAGCUGAGCUAUUUUGGGAAGCAUUAGCUCAAAUGAGGGAACAGUUUGAAUCUGUGGUCCAGCUGAACAGCUCUUUGAAGGAACAUGGCUUUUCGGAGGAAGAAGAAAUAAUAGCAGAAUCAACACAUUUGAUUGACCGAUACCAGACAUUAUUGAGACAAUUACCUGGAAGUGAAGAAGAGGCUAAGCUACCACCUGCUGAGGACCAGAGCCUCCCUGAUCUCACACAUGAUGUGAUUCUGUGGAUAAAAGAGAUUAAAGAGUCCCUUAUGGCUUUGAAUUCAUCUGAAGGAAAAAUGCCACUUGAAGAAAGAAUCCAAAAAAUAAAGGAAAUCAUUUUACUGAAACCUGAAGGAGACGCCAAAAUCCAAACUGUUAUGAGACAAGCUGAGGGCAGCGAGGCCUCGGAGGUUCAGGAGACCCUGACUGAUAUCCACAGCCAAUGGGACAGCACCCUCCACUUAGCCAACACGUACCUAAGCCACCAAGAAAAACUUCUGCUAGAAGGAGAGAAAUACCUCCAAAGUAAAGAGGACCUCAGACUGAUGCUCACAGAAUUAAAGAAGAAGCAAGAAGCAGGUUUCGCUCUGCAACCUGGUUUGCAGGAGAAGCAAGCCCAGCUAAAAAUCUAUAAGAAAUUCCUCCAAAAGGCACAAGAUUUGACGUCCUUGCUAAAGGAGUUAAAAUCUCAAGGAAAUUACCUCUUGGAGUGCACCAAAAAUCCCAGCUUCAGCGAAGAGCCCUGGCUGGAAAUAAAACAUCUACAUGAAAGUCUCCUUCAGCAGUUGCAGGAUUCUGUGCAAAAAUUGGAGAGUCAUGUGGAAGAGCAUCACUCAUACCAUCUUGCAGUCGCAGACCUGAACACCACGUUGGACCAUUUCUCCGAGGAACUUGAACAUCUUUCCCAGGUGCCUGAAGAUCAAACAGCAGUGGAGGACAAACUGCAGAGGCUGCAGGAACUAGAGAGUACACUCAAUUUGCAAGAUGAGCCACUAAAGAAGAUUUUAACUUUGGCAAAAUCCAUCAAACAAAAUACAUCUUCAGUGGGACAGAAGAUGAUUAAUGAUGAUCUACAGUCACUUGAACAUAAACAAAAGGGUUUAGAAAACGGAAUUGAAUUUGCUAAGCAGGAGACUGAAAGUUGUCUCAACAGACUUCUCAGAUCAGAAUGUUUAACGGAAAAGCCUGAAAUGUUUUCUCCAUCAAGUGGAGAGUGGAAGGGCACUUCUGGUGAGCCAGGGACCACCAAUGGCUCAGCAGUGGUGGAGAAGUUGGAGGAAGAUUGGGAUGGAAACGAGAAUUCAGCAGUGGAAAUGGUUUUGUCAAAACAACUUUCCCUCGAUGCUCAGGAAACCAUGAACAACACUGGAGAGGAGCAAAAAGUCAAUGAGCUGCAGAAUCAGCCUUUAGAAUUAGAUGUUAUGUUAAGAAGUGAACAAUUAAGAGAAAUAGAGGAACUAUAUACCCAGUUGGAAGCAAAAAAAGCAGCUAUUGAAUCCCCAGAGCAAUCGGGAAAUCUACAUACAGCCGAAACAAGUGCUGUGAUGCUCCACAAUUCAAGACCUUCGGCACAUGGCUUUGACAAUCUGCUUCAGGCACUUACUACUCUGAAGAAAAACAAAGAAAGCCAGUAUGAUCUCCUUAGUGACUUUCAGGAAUGCCUUGCAACAGCUGAGUCCUCACUGAAAGCCUUGUUUGCAGAAAAGGAAAGUCUGAAAGUGGGACCACUGGAUAAUGCAACCUAUGUGGACAAACUGCAGAAAUUUCUGGGAUCAGUAGAAAAAGAAAAAGGAUAUGUAAGCGAGCUUCAACUCAAAUGGGAGAGUUUAGCAAAGCAUCUGUGCAGUAUGGACAAGAAGCUGUUGGAGAGCCAGCUGAAGCAACUUGAAUAUGGGUGGCAGCAAGUGGAAGAGCAGGUUGGAAGGAAAUGCUCCCAGCAAGUUUUGGAACACGAUGCAUUUAGCUCUCUCAUGAGCAAGGUCCGUGACCUUGGCAUUUCUCUACAGCAACAGCAGCAGAGUUUGCUGUUAAAGCUGAAGGCCCCAGACGAACAAGCAGGGAGCCCAAGCAUCGUGGCCAUGGCUGCUGACCUCCAGGCAAGCAAACAAGAAUUUUCUGUGUUAAAGGGGCAAGCCGAGCUUCAGAUGAAGAGAAUCUGGGGAGAGAAAGAAAAGACGAUUUUGGAAGAUGCAGUCAAUAAUUUGAAGAAGCAAUUGGAAGUCCUGGAGCCAUUACACAUCGAGGUGGAAAAGCAGAUUAAGAAGUGUAACCUCAGGAGCAAGAUGAAAGAAAUCCUCUUGUGGGUGAAGACUCUGUUGGGUGAACUUGCCACCCCUAUUUCCCUUCUCCCAGAUGACAUCCUCUCCCAGAUCCGAAAAUGCAAGGUGACGCAUGAUGGCAUUUUGGAUAAGCAGCAGGCCUUGGACUCAUUGGUAGAAGAGGUGAAGGAGACCAUCCCUAGCUUGCCAGUCUCUGAGAGUGAUCACCUCAAUAAUCUCCUGGAGGAAUUACAGAACCAAUACCAGGUGCUGGUUUUAAAAUCUACUCAAAGAUCACAGCAACUAGAAUUUGAGUUGGAAGAAAGAAACAAAUUGUUUGAAGUUCUAGGGAAGGCUCAACAUAGCCUUCAAGAAAAUGAAGCACUGAUAAUUUCCAAGAUAGGGGCCACCUCCUCCGAGGGUGAACUGGCCCAUCAGCUGGUCAUGCUGAAGGCAUCUCAGAAGGAAUUGCAAGAGAUCGAGAGCUUGAGCUCUACCCAUUUUCAUGAAUUCACAGAUGCUGCCUAUAAAGAUCUAAAUGUGUUUGAGAGAUUGUUUCUGGAUGAUCAGUUGAAAAGCCUGAACAAUAGAACUGACAGGGCACAAAGAUUCAUUCAGAAUAAAUGUAAUGAAGUAGAACACAAGCUCAAUGCUUGCAGAGAAUUCCAGGCAGAAAUAUGUGCACUUCAGGAAGCCAUUGACAGCUUGCAGAUCAAUGAGCUGACACUUAACCAAGAAACACAUGAAGAUGUUAAGGAGCAGUUCAUGAGUCUAAAGCACAGACUUGCUGGGAUUCGCUGUAGCAUAUCACAAGUGUUGGCACAUCAAGAAGCAUUUGACUAUUUAGGGCUAGAUGGGGAGGGAUUGCACAUCGGACAGUUACAAACCCAAGUGUCAGAAAAGGAAAAGGAACUUGAAGAAAAAAUGAAGCUGUUGGACACAUUUGUAACAGAGCACAGCAAGUAUCAGGCAUUGCUCAGUAAAAUAAGGGCUGUGGAUCUGCAAAUCAAGGAGAAGGCUGAGUUAGUAUUGAAAACUAGUACUUCAUCAGAAAGCAGUCUGCUUGAUGCGCAAAUUCUGAAUCAGAAGAUUGAGAAAGCUAAGGAGCUAUAUGAUGAGAUAAUAAAGAAAUUAAGCGAAAGUGAGGUUUUUGAUGACUCUUUCAAAGAGAAAGAAAUACUACACCUAAAGCUGAAGGCCAAAGAAAAUGAUAAGUUACAUGAGGAUCUCCAAAACACACUACGAGAAUUCCAACCCAAAGAAAUGGAUGGAAAGAAUGUUCAGGAAGAACUGGAGCAUUCCUUACAUGUUUUAAAUCAGCUAAAAUCUCAGGUACAGCAGCCUUUACUUCUGCGUUUGGGAAUUAAACAUAUUGAAAAUGAGAAGGAGCACUGGGAAGCAUUUCAAGCUCAAGUUCAAGCAGAAAUGUUUCAUAUUAAACCUAUGACUACUAUUGGGAAUGGAGGAGUUGAAGAAAACUCUGGUGAACCUGAGGAUGUGGAGACAAAAUUACAUGCCAUCCAAGAUCUUCAAAUGCAACUUUGCAAGAACAUUGACUUACACAAACAUGUCUUGGAUGUUGCACAUGAGAACACAGAACGCUACAAUGAAGCAGUCACCAGUGCCCUAGAGACCAUCGCCUCCCUUCAUUCCAUCAUCACAGCUCCAAGAGUAGACCUCUAUGACCUGGAGGCCUUGCUGGAGCUGCUUCACAGGAAACAAAAGGAGUUGGAAUCCACAGUUGCGCAUGUCCAAGUCCUCGCUGAGAAACUGGGGACUGUAUCCAGCCCAGAGGCCAAACUGCAGCUCCAGGAAGCUAUACAAGAGCUAGUUUCAAAGAGCUCGGCCUUGAAGGUGGCAGGUGAAAUGCAGGAAGCUGAAAUGGAAAGGUGUCUGGAGAAUUACAGAUGCUACCAAAAAAUGAAGGAGGAGCUGCACAUUAACCUCAGGAAGGCGGAGACCACUCUGGGGCAGUCCGUGGCCCUGUUGCCCGGCUCUUACAAGGAAGCCUUAGCUCUUUUGGAACAGAGCAAGGCCUUGGUGUCAAGUCUCAUUGGAACCAAAGAAGAGCUGGUGAAACUUCGGCAGGUGGUCAGACAAUUGGGGUGCAGGUGCACGGAAAGCAGUGCUGUGCGAGUACUCGGAGGAGCAUCAGCUCUGUGGGACGAUUGGCUGAGUUUGCUGGAAGCUGCCAGGGCAUGGGAGAGGUGGAGUGAAGAACUGAAGCAGGAGUGGAAAUUCAUCAGUAAGGAAAUUGAACGAGAAGCAAUUAUUUUAGACAAUCUUUCAGAAGAAUUCCCAGAAAUUUCCAGAAUAAAAGAGGCAGUCACCACUGAGGAGCUUUCUGAGCUGCUGCAUUCUCUGUGUCAGUACGAAGAGAGCGUGGAGAAGCAGCAACUAUUACUGAGCCUACUUCUUCAGCGCAUAAAGAAUAUCCAGAAUGUUCCAGAAGGCCCAGAGGCCGUGGAAACUACCCCAGCCCUUCAAGAGAUUUUGUCUAUGCAAGAACGGUGUGACAGACUUUUACAGAAAGUUCUACAAAACAAGGAAAUGGUACAGACUGAAAUCCAAGAAAGACAGUCCUUCGCAAGGGAAAUAAUUGCUUUGAAGAGUUUAUUUCAACAGACUACAGCUUCUUUCCAAAACAUGGCACCCGUAGACCAUCCAGAAAGGCCAGAACAAGUAGAGGAGCUUCAGAGCAUUCUUAAGAGAGGGAAGCUAUCUUUGGAGAACAUUAUGGAAAAGCUGCGAAUCAAGUAUUCUGAAAUGUACACCAUAGUCCCUGCAGAGAUGGAUUCCCAAGUGGAGGAAUGCAGGAAAGCUCUCGAAGACCUGGAUGAGAAGAUCAGCAGUGAAGUCUUGAAGAGCUCACCAUCCUACAUAAUGAGCAGGAAAAUAGAGGACAUUAAUCAUGGGCUCCAGCUUGUUGAAAAGUUGCUGCAGCAGAAAAGCAAAAACAUGGAGAUGGCUCAAGAAAUCCAAAAGAAAAUGUGGGAUGAGCUGGAUCUCUGGCAUGCCAAGCUAAAUGAGCUGGAUUCUGAAGUUCAGGACAUUGUUGAACAGGACCCGGGUCAAGCUCAAGAAUGGAUGGAUAACUUGAUGAUUCCUUUCCAGCAGUAUCAGCAAGUAUCACAAAGAGCAGAAACCAGAACCUCUCAGUUAAAUAAGGCCACGAUUAAGAUGGAGGAAUAUAGUGAUCUUUUGAAGAGCACAGAGGCUUGGAUAGAAAAUACUAGUCAUUUGUUGGCCAAUCCUGCCCCCUGCGAGUCUUCAAAGACCCUGAGUCACCAUGCCAGUACCCUCCAGAUGGCUUUGGAAGAUUCAGAACAGAAGCACAAUUGCUUACAUUCAAUUCUCAUGGAUCUAGAAGACUUGUCAGUCAUUUUUGAAACAGAUGACUUAAUACAUUCCGUACAAGAGUUAAGCUCUCAGGUAGCAGUUUUACAACAGCAGAUAAUGGAAAGCCUUCCACAUGUUCAGCGAAUGGCAGAUGAUGUGGUUGCUAUUGAAUCUGAAGUAAAAUCAAUGGAGAAGAAAGUUUCCAAGAUCAAAGCUAUCCUGUUAUCAAAAGAAAUAUUUGACUUUCCACCUGAAGAACAUCUUAAGCAUGGAGAGGUCAUUCUGGAAAACAUUUGUCCCAUGAAGAAAACCAUUGGGGAGAUAGUGUCUUAUCGUGAGGAACUCAAGCUGCCCCAGACUGGAAUGAAGCCUCUGCUGGUGUUUCAGAGGAUAGAUCAGCUAUUACGGGAUGUGACGCUGUUGGAGGAUGCCACUCAGGAGCAAAACGAGUUAUUGAAAGUAGUCAUAAGACAGACUAAUGAAUGUGAUGAGGAAAUAGAGAAUUUGAGACAGAUCAUAAGUAAUUAUUCAGCUGAGAUCUCCCCUGAACACACGUCACCAGACCAAGCUGCCAACCUGCCAGCAGUGCAGGAAGAAAUCAAAGGUAUGGAGAAACAGAUUCAGAGUUUAAACCAGAAAAAAGAGGAGCUUCUAGAGGACCUAAAGGUUGCUGUGCUAAACCUUCAUCAGCAUUUGAAGCAAGAACAGCCUGAAGCAGAAGGAGAUACGCUAUCACCCCAUACUCCAGAGGAGAGCAGAGCUACUGAAAGGGAUGCUUGCGAGUGGAAGGUGGACAGGAGAGGCUCCAUGUCUUUCUUGCCAGCCGUCAAGGAAGAAGCAGAAGAAAGCUCGGUGAAGAGUGAAAAUGGAUAUAAAAAUGCAGAGCCAUCUUCUGCCUCUCUGUCUCCGCUCUGGAUACAUGACAAGGAUCUGGAGGAAGAUGGAGCAUCCUCUGCAACCAUUAUUCAGGAGGCAGGUGGGAAGAUAAGUACGUGUGACAGCUCUAUGGCCGAGAUGAUCACACCCGAUUCACAAAGCCCUGAGCAAGGCCCAGAAGCUUCUCUGAUGCCCCACCAAGCAGAAGAGGGUACCGCACCUCCUAUCAAGGCUGCAGGUCUGGACUUUUCUGACAAGCCAGGAGCUAUUGAGGCCACGGUGGAGACAAGUAGGCCUCAGCCCUCAGAAGUCCUCGAUGUGUGCAAGACUCAGGUGGCCAAGCUGGAGCUGUGGCUACAACAAGCCAACGUGGCAUUUGAGCCGGAAACGUUAAACGCAGACAUGCAGCAGGUGGUGGAGCAGGAGCUGGUCGGGUGCCAGGCGAUGCUGACAGAGAUUGAGCACAAGGUGGCAUCUCUGCUAGAGGCUUGCAAGGAUCAGGGCCUGGGAGACAGUGGAGACACUCAACGUGAGGCCGAAGCUCUUUCCUUGAAACUCAAAACUGUGAAGUGCAAUUUGGAAAAAGUGCAGAUGCUGCUGCAGGAGAAGUACAGUGAGGAUCAGCACCCUAGCAUGCUGAAGAAACCACCAGAACAUCAUGAAAUCCUCCAGCCGGUUACCCUUUCUGACCCGGAGUCUCCUGGAACUGAAAAGCCACAGUUCAGCAGACAAAAAGAUGUCCCACAGCAGCAGGUUCUGGAGCUCAAACCAAUGGAACAGAAAGAUUUAAUCAAAUUUAUAGAAUUUAAUGCCAAGAAAAUGUGUCCCCAGUAUUGCCAGCAGGAUGCCGACACAGCUCAGGAGUCUCCUGUGAGCCACAAGGUGUCUGACCCUGGAAAUGAAACUGCAGGUUCGGUCUCAACACCCGAGAACCAAAGUGGGGAUAAAUGGCAGUAUCUUCAUCACGAACUGUCCUCAAACAUGAAGCUACCUCUGCCUCAGCUCGUGGGGCCUCAGGUUUCCGCUCCUAUGAGUAUUCUACCGAGUGUGAAUGUGUAUAACUUUAGAUACCCAACAACCGAAGAACUAAAAUCCUACACUACCCAGCUCAAAGACCUUCGCCAAGAAGCAAUCAGUCUGCAGACCCUGGAAAAUGUGUCUGAAGAUGUACACAUCAAUUUGGAUAAAAAGUUAUUCGAGUUCUUUCUGGCCCUCCGUCGGUCCCUCAGUAGUGUGGAGGAGCUGCUGGCAGCUGGGCUCUUCCGGGAGGACACUUCCGGCCAGCAGGUGCACUGCGAGGAGCUGGCUCUUGAGCUGAAGAAACUUCAUUUAGCUCUGGGAGACAAGAAGGAUGAUCUUUUGAAAGCUAUGGCUUGGCCUGGCCAGGACACCAAGCUGCUCUCUGACUGUCUGGACAACCUGCACACCUACCUGGAGCACACACAGGCCACGGCAGCCUCUCGAAGCAAGACUCUGAAAGCUGGCCUCGACUAUACCCACAGUUAUCAGAAUGAAAUAAAACGAUUAUAUGAUCAACUCGUUAAGAAUAAGAUGGCUUUACAACAGUCUUUGAAUGAAAUGAGUGGCCAGAGCGUUGAUGAACAGCUUCAGAAAGCAGAUGUGCAUACAGCAGAGCUGCAGAACUCUGAGGGCCGAGUGGCCAAGCUCAGGGAGGAAGGAGAGAGGCUUCACCUCCCGCCCGCUUUACUCCAGGAUGUGUACAAACUAGAGGAUGUAUUGGACAGUAUGUGGGGAAGCCUGAGAGCCAGGUACUCUGAACUCAAUAGCCCAUUCAUCACCGAGAGCCAGCAAGAGACCUUGUUGGAAGGCAUGAUGGAACUGAUAAACAUUGGGAAGGAAAAACUUGCUCGUGGCUACUUACCACGAGCCAAAAGUAAAGUUGCUUUACAGGAUCAAAUAAAAAAUCACAAGGAGUUUUUCCAGAGCCUUGUUGCCCAUAUGUUGUUGAUCCAAACAUACUCCGCCAGGACGUUUUCUUCCUCCGUACAAAAGAGAGAAGCCUUCGGCGCGGCACAGGUCGCGGCGGUGAAGAGCCUGGAGGCUGAGGCCCACCAGUGUGGUGCAAAGCUGCAGAGUCUGUUGCAGAAAUGGGAAGAAUUUGAUGAAAACUAUGCUGCUCUUGAGAAGGACCUGGAAAUUCUUGUGUCCACGUUGCCCUCUGUGAGUUUGGUGGAAGAGACAGAGGAGAGACUGGUGGAAAGGAUUUCAUUUUACCAGCAAAUAAAGAGAAACAUAGAUGGAAAGCAUGCCCGGCUUUCCCAAACUCUGAAUGAAGGCAAACAGCUGGUAGCAUCCGUGAGCUGCCCAGAGCUGGAGAGCCACAUUGGGAAACUGGAAGAGCAGUGGUUAGCUCUGAAUAAGAAAAUUGACCACGAGCUCCACAGGCUGCAGACACUUCUCAAGUAUCUACUCAGUUAUAACAGAGAUUCGGACGAGUUCAUCAAGUGGUUGGAAUCUUCUCAGCAGACUUUGAAUUACUGGAAAGAACAGUCCCUCAAUGCAUCUCAGGACCUGGAUACAAUCAGGAGCAAUAUAGACAAGUUUUUUGAAUUUUCUAAGGAAGUAGAUGAGAAAUCCUCCCUGAAGUCUGCUGUGCUGAGUACAGGGAACCAACUUCUCCACCUGAAAGCCACAGACACAGCCACAUUGCGAGCUUCGUUAGCACAGUUUGAACAGAAGUGGACCAUGCUGAUAACUCAACUUCCAGACAUUCAAGAAAAACUUCACCAGCUUCAGAUGGAGAAAUUGCCAUCACGUAAAGCAAUCACUGAAAUGAUGAGCUGGAUGAAUAGUGUGGAAGGUGAAAUCACAGGGGAAGUGUCCAGGCACUCCCUGAAUUCUGCAGCACAAGUGAAAAGCCUCCUGCAGAAGCUCAAGGAGUUUAGGAUGGAGAUGGACUACAAACAGUGGAUAGUCGACUUCGUUAACCAGUCGUUACUUCAGCUGAGCACCUGUGAUGUGGAAAGCAAACGCUAUGAGAGGACGGAGUUUGCAGAGCACCUGGGGGAGAUGAACCGCCAAUGGCAACGAGUACACGGAACCCUAAAUAGAAAGAUACAACAUUUGGAACAACUUUUGGAAAGUAUCUCUGAGAAUGAAAACAAAAUACAGAUUUUGAACAGUUGGUUUGAGGCUCAAGAAGAGAAGCUGAAGACUUUACAAAAACCUGAAAGUGUGAUCUCCAUCGAGAAGCUGCUCCUGGACUGUCAGGAUAUAGAAAAUCAACUUGCAGUGAAAUCCAAAGCAUUGACUGAGUUGAGACAAAGCCACUUGGCUCUGGGGAGUGAGGACAUGCCCCUGUUAGAAGACAUCGCAUCUGGCAUUGAUGAGCUGUUUCUUAAGAAGAGCCAUGUGUGUAAUCAGGUCACACAGCUCAUUGCCUGCAUGCAGGCAGUGCUGCAGGAGUGGAGCGCAUACGACCAGCUGUAUGAGGAGGUGAACACCAUGGCUAUCCGCUUUGGGUACUGCCUGGAGCACUGCAAACCCGCCAUUGUAUCCCUGGAGGCCUUGAGAUGCCAAGUGGAGAACCUUCAGUCCUUGCUAGAUGAAGCGGAGAGCAGCGAAGGCAAUUGGGAGAAACUUGAGGAGGUCGUCAGCAAACUCAAAGAGUCCUGCCCCUCCAUCGCUGAAAUAAUGGAAGAGAAGUGUCAGGAUGCGCGGAUGAUUCUCUCGCAGUUUAAGGAUUUUGAGGACCGGCUGGGAUCUUUAAAAAAUCUUAUUACACAUGAGGAAGAGAAUUUGGAUCAACUUUACCAUCAAGAAAAAGAAGACAAUCCUGACUCAUUUCUGAAUCCUGUGUUGGCACUGACAGCCCAGUCACCAGCCAUUGAACGCUUGAACGAAGAGAGCCUCAAGCUCCCACUCAGUGAUGUUGCCAUAAAGACACUGCAGACAGUGAACCGGCAGUGGACCCGGGCCACAGCCACGGCACUGGACCACUGCAGUGAACUUCAGGAAAAUGCACUGAAUGAAAGGUUUCUUCAUUGCUGUGAGAAGUGGGUUGAGCUGUUGGAGAAGACAGAAGAGAUGCUUAAAGCGGAUACUGCCCAGAGUCUCCCGGCUCUCCUAGAACAGCAGAAAGCAUUUGCAAUGUUAGAAGCUGAGGUUUCUAUAAACCAGAUAAUUUCUGAUUCUUACGUCACUCAAUCCUUACAACUCCUGGACACUAGAGAACUAGAGAAGAGACCAGAAUUUGUUUCAGAAUUCUCUAAGCUGAGAGACCAGUGGCAGAGUGCUGUGCAUGGCGUUCGGCAGAGGAAGCAGGAUAUCGACAGGCUGGUGAGACAGUGGCAAUACUUCACCAGCUCCAUGGAGGACUUGCUGCGCUUCCUCUCCAAUACCAGCCACCUGCUCUCUGCUGUGAAGAGCCAGGAUGGUUACAGCCUCUACCAGAGCAGACGUCUGAUCUGUGAGCUGAAGAAUAAAGAGAUCCAUUUGCAGCGCUGGAGAACCACCUAUGUGCUAGCCUUGGAAGCUGGGGAGAAGUUACGGUCCAUGCCUGCCCUGGGUGCUCAGGCAUCAAUUGAUGAGAUGCUCACUCAGCUUCAGGACACCUGGAAGGACACAGAGCUGCAGCUAGGCGAGAUGACCAAGUGGUUCCAGAGCAUUGUAGAGACCUGGGACCAGUGUGAAAAGAAAAUCAAGGAACUGAAAAGCAGGCUGCGGCUUUUAAAAGCACAAAGCAAAGACCCUCUCCCUGAGCUACAUGAGGACCUGCACAAAGAAAAGGAGCUGAUGAAGGAACUAGAGAAGUCGUUGGCUAACUGGACUCUGAACUUGAAAGAACUUCAAACUAUGAAGGCUGACCUGAGCCAGCACAUUCUGGAGGAGGACGUGAUGGUGCUGAAGGAGCAGAUAGAGCAUUUGCACAGACAAUGGGAGGACCUCUGCCUGCGCGUGGCUAUCCGCAAACAGGAGAUUGAAGACAGACUCAAUUCAUGGCUCCUGUUCAAUGAAAAAAAUAAGGAGCUGUGUGCAUGGCUGGUGCAAAUGGAAAACAAGGUCCUGCAGACAGCAGACAUCAGCAUUGAAGAAAUGAUUGAGAAGUUACAGAAGGACUGCAUGGAGGAGAUAAACUUGUUCAGUGAAAACAAGUCCCAGUUGAAGCAAAUGGGUGAGCAGUUGAUUCAGGCCAGCAGCAAGACGCGAGCCUCCGAGAUCAAAGACAAGCUCAGCAAAAUCAACGAUCGCUGGCAGCAUCUUUUUGAUGUCAUUGGAUCGAGGGUGAAGAAGCUGAAGGAGACAUUCGCUUUUAUCCAGCAGUUAGACAAAAACAUGAGCAACCUUCGCACAUGGCUGGCACGAAUCGAGUCUGAGCUUUCUAAGCCGGUGGUUUACGAUGUCUGCAAUGAUCAGGAGAUCCAGAAGAGGCUGGCUGAGCAGCAGGAUCUGCAGCGGGACAUAGAGCAGCACAGUGCAGGCGUGGAGUCUGUGUUCAGCAUCUGUGAUGUCCUGCUGCACGACUCGGACGCCUGUGCCAACGAGACCGAGUGCGACUCCAUCCAGCAGACCACCAGGAGCCUGGACAGGCGCUGGAGGAACAUCUGCGCCAUGUCCAUGGAACGGCGCAUGAAAAUUGAGGAGACAUGGCGCCUGUGGCAGAAAUUUCUAGAUGAUUAUUCCCGCUUUGAGGACUGGCUCAAGUCUGCUGAGAGGACCGCAGCCUGCCCCAAUUCCUCCGAGGUGUUGUACACCAGCGCCAAAGAAGAGCUGAAGAGGUUCGAGGCCUUCCAGCGGCAGAUUCAUGAGCGGCUCACACAGCUGGAGCUCAUCAACAAGCAGUACCGGCGGCUGGCUCGGGAGAACCGCACAGACACAGCCAGCAAGCUGAAGCAGAUGGCCCACGAGGGCAACCAGCGCUGGGACAACCUGCAGAGGCGGGUCACGGCCAUCCUGCGGAGACUCAGACAUUUCACUAACCAGAGGGAAGAGUUCGAGGGCACCAGGGAGAGCAUUCUGGUGUGGCUCACAGAGAUGGAUUUGCAGCUGACCAACGUGGAACACUUCUCAGAGAGUGAUGCUGACGACAAGAUGCGCCAACUGAACGGCUUCCAACAGGAAAUUACACUAAACACCAACAAGAUUGACCAGCUCAUCGUGUUUGGGGAGCAGCUCAUUCAGAAGAGCGAGCCCCUGGAUGCAGUGUUGAUUGAAGAUGAGUUGGAGGAGCUGCACCGGUACUGCCAGGAGGUGUUCGGCAGGGUCUCCCGGUUUCACCAGCGGCUGACCUCUCACGUUCCGGGCCUGGAAGAUGAAAAAGAGGCAUCUGAGAAUGACACAGAUAUGGAAGACCCUAGAGACAUGCAGACUGACGCUUGGCAUAAAAGUGAAGAGAACGAGGAGCCCUCAUCUCCCCAGUCUCUGUGUCACCUUGUGCCCCCAGCUCCAGGGCACGAACGGUCUGGCUGUGAGACCCCCGUCAGCGUGGACUCCAUCCCUCUCGAGUGGGACCACACAGGGGACGUGGGGGGCUCCUCCUCCCACGAAGAAGACGAGGAAGGCCCAUACUACAGUGCACUGUCAGAUGUAGAAAUCCCUGAAAAUCCUGAGGCAUAUCUUAAAAUGACCACAAAAUCUUUGAAAGCGUCUUCUGGUAAAUCCAUCUCUGAUGGCCAUUCAUGGCAUGUUCCUGACAGUCCUUCCUGUCCCAAGCAUCACUACCAACAAAUGGACGAUGACAGAAAUGUACCACCUAUCCCCUCAGAUUCCAGCACCCCUUUCAAGCCAGCCUAUGUAAAGCUACUAUUACGUCCAGAUGCUGAUGGUGACAAAGAAGGUUCAGAAGUCUUGAAUGGCAACCCUCAGCAGGAAGACGAGCCGCUGACUGCCUUGACAGGCCAGGCCUCAGGUGCCUUUGACAGAUGGGAGCUAGUUGAAUCACCAGAGCUGCACAGCAAACUCAGAAUAAAACAAAACAUGCAGCAACUGAGCUCUGAUAUCAACACCAUCACUGCUUGGCUGGCAAAAAUCGAAGCAGAACUGGAAACUUUAACAAUGGCGAAACCUCCCUCCACCAUCCAGGAAAUGGAACUCAGAGUGAAGAGACUGCAGGAGUUGCUAAAAGCCUUUGACACCUACAAGGCAUUAAUGGUCUCUGUCAAUGUGAGCUGCAAGGAAUCUCUGCCAACUGAGAGCACCGAAUCUACAGAGCUCGAAAGUAGGCUCCGUCAGCUGAAGCUGCGCUGGGAAGGGGUCCAGAGCACAGUGGACAGCUGGCGAGAGGACUUACGGCAGUCACUCAUGCAGUGCCAGGACUUUCACCAGUUGAGUCAAAACCUGCUGCUAUGGCUAGAGAGUGCCGAGAAGCAGAGGCAGAAGGCUCAUGCCACCAAUCCAAAGGCAGAUCACCGGACUCUCCAGGACUGUCAGGAAGAACUGAUGCAACUGGAAAAGGAGCUGGUGGAGCGUCAGCCUCAAGUGAACUCCUUGCAGGAGAUUGCCUCCAGCCUGCUCAUCAAGAGGCAAGGAGAAGACUAUAUCGAGGUAGAAGAGAAGGUUCACGUGAUUGAGAAGAAACUCAAGCAGUUACGUGAGCAAGUCGCUCAAGAUUUAAUGUCCUUGCAAGGAAGCCAGAAUCCAGACCUGUCUCUGCCCGACUUUGAUGAAGUAGACUCAGGGGACCAGUCUCCAGCAGCUUUGCCAGCUACCCAAGCGAAGCUCAGGGCAGUGAGAACAGAAGAGAAGGAGACCCAUGGCAGGGUGAGGGGCUCCACUGGCUCCGGCAGCGCUCAGCCCCAGCGCUCCUUUCUCUCACGGGUGGUCAGGGCAGCAUUGCCCUUGCAGCUCUUGCUGCUGCUGCUGCUGCUUCUGGCCUGCCUGCUGCCCUCCUCCGAAGAGGACUACAGCUGCACCCAGGCCAACAACUUUGCCCGCUCCUUCUAUCCCAUGCUGCGGUACACCAACGGGCCACCCCCGACCUAGGAGGCUUCACAGCCACAAUGCCACCACCACCAGCCCAUGACUCUUUAACACUGGCAAGGUCCAGGGACCUGCUAUGGACACAUCCCCCCAGAUGUUGCCAAGAUAGGCUGCUGGGGCCCAGAGCAACUUUCAAAAGAAGUUCAUCUGGCAGGGGACAGGGAACCAGGCCAGCAUCUUGGCAGAGCUUCUCGAUGGCCUAGGGGAACUCUGGGAAGGACAGUCUCCAAGGAGCCAUGCACUUUGUGAAUUCUGACUUAUUUGUAAAACAGAAUAAUUACCUUGCCCCUCAACAGUGGUGUUCAGCCCAUAAAAUGCAUUAGAUCAACCAGCAAGCAGAUUCAGCCUAGAAAUGGUUCAGAGACUCAUGGAUCCUGAGCUGAUGGAUUGAAACAAGCAUUUUUAAAUGUUCCGACUCGGUUUUCCUCAGCAAUUUGAGGGGAAUCAUUAGUCAGCAAUCAGAGCUACUGGUCAUAAUCCAAAAUGUUCUGUUCAGGACCUAGGUUGGCUCUUUUAUAUUGCUUUAAAUUUUUUAAGAAAUUUUAUUGCAUGGAUUUGGUUAUUUGUGCAUAUUUUUUAAAUUGCUGAAUCUGUAUGAAUAAUGUAAACUUGGAUUUUUUUUAAUAAAAAUCAGAUUUUAGCCUGAACUUUUGACUAAUGUACAGUAAAUGCCAAACUACAGACUUGAUAAGGAUGUUUUUGUAAAUUAAUUUUAUAAGACUUUUCACAUUUAAAGAGACACUUCUGGUUUGUUUGAGCUACUUCGUCGCGAGGGGGGGGGAUGGUGGUACAGAAACUUGAAGCUGUUUGUGGUAUGUACAACUCAGAUGUUUCUCAUUAAAAAAAAAAUAAAAUUA